AGCGUCUGUAGUAUAUGGGCCGAUAAUAUUCCCAUCAGCAUGAGUCAAUGGAAACAGAUUCAGCAGCUGGAGAUCCGACUUCUGGAACACGUGGACUUCUUGUAUGAUGACAACUUUCCUAUGGAUAUUCGCCAGGGGUUGGCCAAUUGGAUUGAAUCUCAGGAUUGGGAGUCGGCCGCUAACAAUGACUCCAUGGCUGCGGUUCUGUUCAGUAAUCUACUGUCCCAGCUGGAGAGGCAGCGCUCCCAAGAGCAGAACUUCCUCCAAAGACACAAUCUGAAAAUCAUCAACCAGCAGCUGCAGGUGAAAUACGAAGCCAAGCCUGUCCUCAUGGCUAGCAUUAUCUCAUCCUGUUUGCAAGAAGAACGUCGCAUCCUCUCAAGUGCCUGCAUGCAGGAACAGGGUCCACUGGAGAAGUCAAUGCAGAAUUCAGAGGCAAUUGAGAAGCAGAGGAACAUGGACAACAGGGUGGCAAUCAUCAGAAGCAGCGUGCAGUUGAUGGACCAGGCUGUGAAGUACAUCGAGGAUAUGCAAGAUGAUUUUGAUUUCCGCUUUAAGACUCUCCAGUCUCGGGAUCAGGCUGAGCGGAACACUGAGAAGAUGAAGCAGGAAGUGAUACGUCUACAGGAAAUGCUCAACAGUUUAGACUUCAAAAGGAAGGAGAUCCUGUCCAAGAUGAACGAUGUGAUUAAGGAGAUCGAUGACCUGAUGACCUCUCAGCUCAACCCUGAGCUGUCAGACUGGAAACGCAGACAGCAGAUAUCCUCCAUUGGUGGUCCAAUGCUCACAAGCCUGGACCAGCUACAGAACUGGUUUACAUUGACAGCCCACAGUCUGUUUCAGAUCAAGCGUCAGCUGGACAAGCUGGGAGAGCUGAUCUUGAAAGUUACCUAUGAGAGUGAUCCCAUCCCUUUGCAGAAGCCCCAGAUGGAUGACAGGGUCAAAUUCCUCAUUUACCACCUCAUCAAGAGUUCGUUCGUGGUGGAGAAACAGCCAUGCAUGCCCACUCACCCCCAGAAACCCCUCAUCAUCAAGACUGGAGUGCAGUUCACCACCAAAGUCAGACUCCUGGUGAAGCUUCCAGAGGUGGAUUACCAGCUGAAAGUGAAAACAACAUUUGACAAGGACCUACCCCCUGGCAGAGUAAAUCGUCAGUUUUUCAUCCUGACAAACAACACUAAAGCAAUGGACAUCGAGGAUUCAUCCAAUGGCUGCCUGUCAGUGGAAUUUAGACACCUGCAGCUCAAGGAGAAGAAAUAUAUCAGUGGUACAAAGGGAAAUGAGGGUCUUCUCUCGGUGACGGAAGAACUUCAUUCUCUCAGCUUUGAAGCUCAUUUCGUUGUGCAGGGUCUGGCCAUUGAUCUGGAGACAUGUUCUCUUCCACUUGUGGUCAUUUCAAAUGUCUGCCAGCUUCCUGGUGGUUGGGCAUCAGUCAUGUGGUACAACCUUCUGACAGAUGAACCAAGGAAUCUGGGGUUCUUUGGAAACCCACCUCGGGCAACUUGGAGCCAGCUGUCUGAAGUCCUCAGCUGGCAGUUCUCCACCUUCGCCGGACGGGGCCUCGACAGGGAGCAGCUCACCAUGCUGGGAGAGAAGCUCCUCGGUCAGGAAGCCUCCUAUGGGGACUGUCAAGUUUCCUGGCCCAAGUUCUCGAAGGAGAAUAUUCCAGGGAAGCCCUUCAGUUUCUGGAUGUGGCUGGAUUCCAUCCUGGAGCUUAUUCGUAAGCACUUGCUGCCAGUCUGGAAUGACAACUACAUCAUGGGUUUUGUAAGCAAAGAGAUGGAGCGAGUGCUACUGAAGGACAGAGGGUCCGGGACCUUCCUGUUACGCUUCAGUGAGAGUCACCUUGGAGGGAUCACCUUUACCUGGGUGGAAUAUGGUGACAAUGGUGAGGCAAAGUUCAAUUCAGUGGAACCAUACACCAAAAGCCGCCUUAGUGCUCUUCCAUUUGCCGACAUCAUACGAGACUACAAAGUGAUCUCAGACGGGGUGGUCCCUGAGAACCCGCUGAAGUUCCUCUACCCGGACAUACCCAAAGAUGAGGCCUUUGGUCGGCUUUAUAACAGCCCUCAGAACAAAGUUGCUCCAUACCUUUCAGCUAGCUUGAUCCCCAUCUCUGAAUUGCGAUCUAAUAUCGACGCCACACCUCCCUGCCAGUCACCUGAACCCCCAAUGACCCCUGGACAGUUUCAUAUGCUCAGUCAAGACCUCUGCUUAGACUUUGAUACUAUGAGUCCUCCAUAUUCAGAGUAAAAGCAAGAUACGCCAUGGAUACUGAUGUCGUCCAUCAUUCAAUGUCCUAAUCUGUUGAUAAGCAGUGACCUAAAUUCAGAUAUGUAAUUGAUGUCCAGAAUUUUAGCUCUCUUGUAAGAUAGUUGUGUGUUUGCCAUCUCUUUUAUUUUUAGUUUUUUACAGAUUUUGCAUGUUAUCCAUUUAGUGGUGCUUUUAGAAAGUUUGCCUCUCUUUUGGUCUUUGGCUUUUUGUUAUUCCUCAACAAUAACUAGCCGUGUUUUUUGUUUUUGUUUUUUCCAUCUCAAAUUAUUGAUCGAGUGUCUAUGAAACCAACCCAUUUAAGUGAUUUUGACAUAUGAAUGUUACUACAACUCUUUCUUCAUCUACUGUGUUAAAUAUGAAUUUAUUACUUUAUUUCAUACACUGUCAUACCUGCACUAUUUACUGGCAUCAGUUGAACUUCAUCAUUGUAUACAUUCCUUUUUGACUAUGUUUAAGAAACUGGCUAUUUAAAUAGCAUAAGGCUCGUUUUAUUGUAUACAACUGUUGCAUUUAGCUGCUUGGAUUUUUUUCCCUAUGUAUGUAUCAAAACUCUGCUACUAAUUUUUGAAAUAUAGGCAGUUACUUUUGUCACAACCUGCAUAAACAUAAAAACAUUUUAUAACAGGAUGUAUGUCCUUUUUUUUUUUGCAGUGAUAUGCACAACAAAUAAACCAUAU